AUGUGGAUGACUGAUAUCAAAAGGCAGUUUACUGGCAGCAAUCAAUGCAGCAGAAGAGAUACAUGAACCGAGUUACAGCUUUGAUAGGCAAAAUGUGGGUAUGCGCUGCAUACUAGACCUUCUCUGAAUAUUAAUGCCUUUCUGGAGGAUAGCCUUGGUUUUGCUUUUUGCAGGUUCCUCAGUGGAACAGAGUGCACUGACAUACUUAGGCUGAACCAAAACUGAAUCUGCCUUUACAGAAACUUGAACCUUGCAGUUCAGUGUUUUUCUUCUCUAUGGAUGAAUUCUGAAGGUAGUCGAACGUUACCACUGGUUACCUUCUGGUAGCAGAAGUGCUAUGGUCCAAGUAUUGUCACUUUCUUGUAAAGCACAAGCUGAAAUGGAAACAGAGGGACAAUGAGAACAACUGAAGAAAAAAAGGCUGACCAUGGCUCAUACAAACAUGCACCUGAUGAACUGAUAAUGAGAAGAAGAAAAGUUUGUGACUCUUCCUUCCCGUAUUCCUGGAUGAUGGAAAGUGAACCGGCCACUUCUUCCAUGUUGACCUCAGAACAUUUUCCUGAUGACAAUACCAUGUCUCUGGAGCAGAAGACCACGUUUGCAUUUGUGAUUUUCCUCUUCAUUUUUCUUGGAAUUCUAAUUGUGCGAUGUUUCAGGAUCUUACUCGAUCCCUACAGGAGCAUGCCCACUUCCACGUGGGCUGAUGGAUUAGAUGGCCUAGAGAAAGGACAAUUUGAUUAUGCUUUGGCUUGAAUGCCAUUCCAAACUUAGAUACACUAAGACUAUACAUGUGAUUGUAAAUGUGCCCUUAUUGUGGACAGCAGCUCUGCAGCCUGUGCUACUUAUAAGACAAUAACUUAACUGGUGCUGUGCCUCAUAUUUGCUUCACUUCUGCAGGAACACAACUCUGCAUAUGCAAUCGCAGUGUAGCAAUUUUCUGCCGAUGCACUGUACAAGUGAAACUAUAUUGCUGUUCUUUCCAUGCAUCUUUAUUUCACAAUUGAUUUAAUCUGCAAUUAUAUUCCUGAUGUUAAAUUUACAACUGAUUUUGAAAAAAGAAAUGUUGACUAGAGGGUGUUUUUGAUGUUUUAAUUUCACUGCCUACUAAACUUUCCUCUGUUAGCACACCCACAAAAAUGACAUCAUGGUAGCAUCAGACAAUAGUUUACUUAUAUUAGCAAUGCCUCCUGCAUUCUGGGAAAACAAAAACAGCUUAUUUCCUAUAGAAGAGCAGUUUAUUAUUUACUUUGUGGUUUCAGUAAUACAGCAUUAUUGUAUAUGGUAAAGAGCAUUCCUGUGUUUCUUUAUUUUGUUCAUUCUGUGCUAACUCAUUCACGCCUUUAGUUCAUUUCCUGUAUGCUCCCUUUUAGCAGCCAUGGAUCUUUAAAGCAUCUUUGCAUUUUUGGGGGCUUCAGUCCUUAACAAAGUAAUUUACCAACCAACAAUAGGC